AUGGUCAACGUAAAGAGCUGGAAGGAGUACCAGAAGCGGAGUAUUGAGCUGUUCAGCGACAAUCCAAAGAAGUACCGAUACUGCGUUAAAUGGCGAGCAGCCAAGAAGGAUCUGGUCGUCAAGUCCACCAACGACCACCUCUGCCUCAAGUACAAAACCCAGUCGGCGUCUAUUCUCAAUAGAUUCCUCUCUUUCAAUCGCAAGCUCGGCUUCCUUAUGUCUGACACGGAGGAUUUCCAGAUUCAGCAGCCAGAAUCACAACCACAAUCACAACCUCAAUCUCAAUCUCAGUCACAGUCGCGACCACCACAAUUACACCCACACUCUCCCUCAGACUCCCCCUCGACAAAAAAUAAGAAGAAAAACAAGAAGAAAAAGUAG